ACACCCGGGUUCCCGUAGCCAGGACAAAGCCAUGAAGCCGGCGCUGUUGGAAGUGAUGAGGAUGAACAGAAUUUGCCGGAUGGUGCUGGCCACUUGCUUGGGAUCCUUUAUCCUGGUCAUCUUCUAUUUCCAAAUCAUGCGGAGGAACCCCUUUGGUGUGGACAUCUGCUGCCGGAAGGGGUCCCGAAGCCCCCUGCAGGAGCUCUACAACCCUACCCAGUUGGAGCUCUCCAGCACGGCGGUCCUGCAUCAGAUGCGGCGGGACCAGGUCACCGACACCUGCCGGGCCAACAGCGCCACGAGCCGCAAGCGGCGGGUGCUGACCCCCAGCGACCUGAAGCACCUGGUGGUGGACGAGGACCACGAGCUCAUCUAUUGCUACGUGCCCAAGGUGGCGUGCACCAACUGGAAGCGGCUCAUGAUGGUCCUGACCGGCCGCGGCAAGUACAGCGACCCCAUGCAGAUCCCGGCCAACGAGGCGCACGUCUCGGCCAACCUGAAGACCCUCAACCAGUACAGCAUCCCGGAGAUCAACCACCGCUUGAAAAGCUACAUGAAGUUCCUGUUCGUGCGGGAGCCCUUUGAGAGGCUGGUGUCCGCCUACCGGAACAAGUUCACGCAGAAGUACAACACCUCCUUCCACAAGCGCUACGGCACCAAGAUCAUCAAGCGGCAGCGCAAGAACGCCACGCAGGAGGCGCUGCGCAAGGGCGACGACGUCAAGUUCGAGGAGUUCGUGGCGUAUCUCAUCGACCCUCACACCCAGCGCGAGGAGCCCUUCAACGAGCACUGGCAGACGGUGUACUCGCUGUGCCACCCGUGCCACAUCCACUACGACCUCGUGGGCAAGUACGAGACGCUGGAGGAGGAUUCCAAUUACGUCCUGCAGCUGGCGGGCGUGGGCAGCUACCUGAAGUUCCCCACCUACGCCAAGUCCACGAGAACUACUGAUGAAAUGACCACGGAGUUCUUCCAGAACAUCAGCUCGGAGCACCAGACGCAGCUGUACGAAGUCUACAAACUCGAUUUUUUAAUGUUCAAUUACUCAGUGCCAAGCUACCUGAAAUUGGAAUGA